ACAGAAUGACAAAUUGACAACCCUUCUUCCAUUUUGUGACGCGAAAUUUAAUUUUCCAACAAAAUGCAUACUAUAAUCAAUUGGACACUGCAUCUUAUAAGACAAAUAAUUCUUUGUUACUUUGACGAGACCAUGUGACCACAAACAAUAAACAACAAAAAUACCAACCUUCAUACCAUAAUCAAAUUCAUAUUAUAUACGUGCACGUCUUAGAUUACAUACACAUACACAUGUGACCAAAUCAUUUGAAAGAAAGAACAAAAAUAAUACUCACAUUUCAGCGUUUUAGGCACUAAUGAAUCAACCCCAUUCCAAAUCAUGCCACGUACUCCCUAAGAUAUUUCGAGCAACUAAAAAAAGAUACUUUUAUUAAGACACGUGGCAAGGGAUCCGCACUAUCUUACAAACACAUAACGUUGUCCUAAGAUUCUGUAACACAUCAAAUCAUAUCCCCUAAUGGUCGUGUUCACCAAUCAGAACAAUACACGUACCCCUAAUUCGAAAAAAAAAACAUCAUAAGUGUAGUAUUUAUCAUUUAUCUAUUACUAGUGCUACACGUGUCCGACCAUGUGAUUCUAGAGUUUACUUUACGAUUUAUAUAGGCGCCAAAGACAAGUUUUCAAUGGCAAAAAAAUCGAUUUCUAUAAUGAGUCAAAGACGGAGAUUGAAUUCGAAUGGAAUAGCCGAGUCGUCGUCUAGUCAGUUAGACAACGACUCGGUUAUUCACAGUGAGAUAAUUCUCCGAUUGGUUUUUCCUUGUAUGAAGUGGGAUGUACAUUCUUUGUGUCAAAUAGCGUCGGUUAAUCGCAAGCUUAGAGCGCUAGCGAAAAGGCUAUUAUGGAAGGAGAUGUGCAUAUAUCGCGCACCGCGCAUGAUAGCAACGUUAAUGGACGGUGCGCCGAAUAAUCGGAUCGGAGGGGAAUGGGAUGCUAUGGCGAAAUUACUGUUUCACUGUUGCGGGUGUAAUUCGACCCGACAUUUCCAAAUGAGUCAAUCAUAUCCGGGUCACUUCGUGAAGUCGUCUCGAUUUUCGAAGACGUCGGGUCGGAGUUUUUUGGUGAAGAGAUGUAGGACGGAUUUGUUGUACGUGAGUGAUCCUUGUGAGCAUCAAAUUAGGGAUAGGGGUGAUGAUUUGGGGAUUUUUCGAGGGGUAUUUGGGGGAUUUAUGAAGUCGAAGACGAGGGCGUGUUUGAUUACAAGAGAGCUGGAGGUUGAAGAAGGAGUGAGGUGUCCAUUCUGUGGGGGUCGGGUUUGGAGCAUGACAGCAGCUAGGCUUGUACCGAGGAGCGCGGCACGGCGACUCGGUACAAUGGAAAACGGGUUGGAGUAUUUUGUGUGUGUGAAUGGGCAUUUACAUGGAAGUUGUUGGCUUGUGCCUUUAUCGUCAGAUGAAGAAGGCGCCGACAAUGAUAUUGAUGAUGAUGGCAACGACGAUCGUGAUGGAAGAAAUCAGAUUUACAAGAAAUGGAUCUGAUGCUUGAUC